GACCCGGAUGUGAGCCGGAAACGCUUCCGGGGUCAGAGCCGGCAGGAUGGCGGCGGACACGCAGGUUUCUGAGACGCUGAAGCGUUUUGCCGUAAAGGUGACUACAGCCAGUGUGAAGGAGAGGAGGGAGAUACUUAACGAUCUUGGGAAAUGUGUUUCUGGAAAAGACCUGCCCGAGGGAGCGGUGAAAGGCCUCUGUAAACUCUUCUGCCUGACUCUGCAUCGGUACAGAGAUGCGGCGUCUCGAAGAGCCCUGCAGUCCACAAUCCAGCAGCUGGCAGAAGCCCAGCCCGAGGCCACCGCCAAGAACCUGUUGCAAUCUUUGCAGUCUUCAGGGAUUGGCAGCAAAGCAGGUGUGCCCAGCAAGAGCAGCGGAUCCGCAGCUUUGCUGGCACUGUCCUGGACCUGCCUCCUCGUCCGUGUUGUCUUUCCUACUCGGGCCAAGAGACAAGGAGAGACCUGGAGGAAGCUGGUGGAGGUUCAGUGCCUGCUUCUGUUGGAAGUCCUGGGUGGCUCUCACAAGCAUGCGGUGGACAGUGCCGUGAAGAAGCUGAACACGCUGUGGAAAGAGAACUCGGGCCUGGUGGACCAGUACCUGUCUGUUAUUCUCAGCCUGGAGCCGAGCCAGAACUAUGCUGGCAUGCUCGGACUCCUGGUGCAGUUCUGCACGAGCCAUAAAGAGAUGGAUGUGGUCAACAGACACAAGAGUGCUGUCCUGGAUUUCUACAUGAAGAACAUCCUGAUGAGCAAAGUCAAACCUCAGAGGUACCUGCUGGACAACUGUUCCCCAAUUCUCCGCUAUAUCUCACAUUCUGAAUUCAAGGACCUGGUGCUGCCCUCCCUGCAGAAAUCCUUACUUCGGAGCCCUGAGAAUGUCAUUGAAACCGUCUCCUGUUUGUUGGCAUCGGUGACCCUUGACCUCAGCCAGUAUGCCCUGGACAUCGUGAAAGGCCUAGCUAGUCAGCUGAAAUCCAACACUCCUCAGCUGAUGGAUGAGGCCGUGGUGGCGCUGAGGAAUCUGGCCCGUCAGUGCAGCGAUCCGUCAGCUAUGGAGUCCCUGACGAGACACCUCUUUGCUAUCCUGGGGGGUUCUGAGGGGAAGCUGACCAUUGUUUCUCAGAAGAUGAGUGUCCUCUCAGGGAUUGGGAGUUUCAGUCACCACGUGGUUUCUGGGCUCUCCAGCCAAGCCCUGAGUGGGACAGUGGCCGAGCUCUUCAUUCCUUUCUUCCAACAAGAAGUUCAUGAAGGCACGUUGGUCCAUGCUGUCUCCACCCUUGCUCUCUGGUGUAACCGCUUCACCACCGAAGUGCCCAAGAAAGUCAUUGAGUGGUUGAAGAAGGCUUUCAGCCUGAAGACGUCCACCUCUGCUGUUAGACAUGCUUACCUGCAGUGCAUGCUCAUCUCCUUCCGAGGUGACACACUCCUGCAAGGAAUGGACUUUCUUCCCCUGCUGAUCCAGACUGUAGAAAAGGCAGCAUCCCAGAGCACUCAGGUCUCCAUAGUAACAGAAGGGGUUGCUGCAGCUUUGCUGAUCUGUAGACUGUCUGUGAUUGACACACAAGCUGAGGCCAAGUUGAACAAUUUCUGGCAGCUGAUUGUAGAUGAGAAGAAGCAGCUUUUCACCUCAGAGAAAUUCCUGUUGUUGGCCUCCGAGGAUGCCUUGUGCACUGUGCUACAGUUGACGGAGAGGCUGCUGCUUGACCAUGCUCACCGACUGCCUGGCAGCAAAGUCCAGCAGUAUCACCGGGCCCUCGUGGCUGUGCUCCUGAGCCGAACCUGGCACGUGAGGAGGCAGGCCCAGCAGACGGUCCGGAAGCUCCUGUCCUCUCUGGGUGGCUACACGCUGGCCCACGGGCUGCUUGAUGAGCUGAAAGCUGUCCUCAGCUCCCACAGGGUGUUGCCGGCGGAGUCUUUGGUGACUGAGUCAGGCGAGUUGUCUGAGCAGGGAAAGGCCUAUGUACCGCCUCGUGUCCUUCAGGAGACCCUGUGUGUGAUCUCGGGGGUGCCAGGGCUUGAGGCUGACGUUGCAGAGACAGAGAGACUGGCCCAAGAGAUGCUGAUUGUCAGCCAUCAUCCUUCCAUAGUUGCGGUGCAGUCUGGGCUCUGGCCAGCCCUCCUAGUGAAGAUGAAGAUUGACCCCAUGGAUUUUAUCACCAAACACCUGGAUCAGAUUCUUCCCAGAAUCACCACUCAGACACACUUGAGCCAGUCAUCCAUGAACGCGAUGGGUGCCCUCUCCGUCCUGUCCCCUCAGCGUGUCCUCCCGCAGCUGAUCAACACCAUCACAGCCACAGUGCAGAACCCCGCCCUGAGCCAGGUGACCAGGGAGGAGUUUGCCAUCAUGAAAACACCAGCCGGAGAGCUCUAUGAUAAGUCCGUGAUUCCGAGUGCCCAGCAGGACAGCACGAAAAAGGCCAACAUGAAGCGAGAGAACAAGGCCUACUCCUUCAAGGAGCAGAUCAUCGAGCUGGAGCUGAAGGAGGAGAUAAAGAAGAAGAAAGGCAUCAAGGAUGAGGUGCAGCUGACCAGCAAACAGAAGGAGAUGGUGCGGGCCCAGCUGGACAAGGAGGCGCAGAUCCGGAGGUGGCUUCAGGAGCUGGACUGCUCGCUGGAGGCAGCCCUUGGGCUCCUGGACACCAUUCUGAGCAGGAACCCGCUGGGGCUGACCCACUACAUCCCCAUCCUGGUGCGCUCUUUCCUGCCGUUGCUGAAGUCCCCGUUGGCUGCUCCGAGGGUCAGGGACCCUUUCCUGUCCUUGGCCAGCUGUGUCAUGCCCCCGAGGCUGAAGACUUUGGGUAUGUUGGUGAGCCACGUGACUCUGCGUUUGUUGAGACCAGAGUGUGUCCUGGAUAAGUCAUGGUGCCAGGAGGAUCUUUUGGCCGCCACCCAGCGGGCUGUGAACCUCUUACACAUCCACACCAUCCCUGCCAAGACAGGCAAGGGAGAGCCAGGUGCUGCCCCCUUAUCCGCCCCAGCCUUUUCCUUGGUCUUCCCUUUCCUGAAGAUGGUACUGACUGAGACCCCCAACCGUAGCGAAGACGACGAGCAGCUCAUGGUGCAGAUCUUGCAGAUCCUUACUGUCCAUGCUCAGCUGAGGUCGUCCCCCUCUUCAAGUAAUCAGGCCCUGUGGGUGGAUGAGAACGGACCUGAGUUGCUACCUCGAACGGACAUGCUGCGGCUACUGACGGCAGUGAUUGGGACCGGUUCUCCUCGCUUACAGGGUCUGGCUGCAGACACGCUGAAGGCCUUGUGCGCCAGCAGCAGUGGAGACAACGGCUGUGCUUUUGCGGAACAGGAAGAGGUGGAUGUGCUGCUCCAGGCCCUGCGGUCCCCAUGCUCCAGUGUGCGGGACACAGCCCUCCAGGGCUUGGGGGAGCUCCAGAUGGUGCUGCCAACCCCUGACAGUGAUGAGAAGAAUGGCCUGAAUCUUUUGCGCAGACUCUGGGUGGUCAAGUUUGACAGUGAGGAGGAGAUACGAAAGCUGGCCGAGAGGCUUUGGGAGGCCAUGAACUUGGAGCUUCAGCCUGACCUCUGCUCUCUGCUGAUCGAUGACGUGAUUUAUCAUGAGGCUGCGGUUCGGCAGGCUGGGGCCGAGGCCCUUUCCCAAGCUGUGGCCCGAUAUCCACGGCAGGCUGCCGAAGUCAUGGGGAGGCUCAUGGAGAUAUACCAGGAAAAGCUCUAUAGGCCACCCCCAAUUCUGGAUGCCCUGGGACGAGUGAUCUCAGAAUCUCCUCCAGAUCAGUGGGAAGCCAGGUGCGGCCUGGCCUUAGCCCUGAACAAGCUCUCGCAGUAUUUGGACAGCUCCCAGGUGAAGCCGCUUUUCCAGUUCUUUGUCCCUGAUGCCCUCAAUGACCGCAGCCCUGAUGUCCGCAAAUGCAUGCUGGAUGCUGCUCUUGCGACGCUCAAUACUCAUGGCAAGGACAACGUCAACUCCCUUUUGCCUGUGUUCGAGGAGUUUCUGAAGGAUGCCCCUAAUGAUGCUAGCUAUGAUGCUGUCCGGCAGAGUGUGGUGAUCCUGAUGGGCUCCCUUGCCAAGCAUCUGGAUAAGAGCGAUCCCAAAGUGAAGCCAAUUGUGGCCAAGCUGGUGGCUGCUCUCUCCACCCCCUCACAGCAGGUUCAGGAGUCUGUAGCCGGUUGUCUGCCUCCUCUGGUGCCUGCCAUCAAGGAGGAUGCUGGGGGCAUGAUCCAGAAGUUGAUGCAACUUUUGCUGGAGUCAGACAAGUAUGCCGAGCGCAAAGGGGCAGCCUAUGGGCUAGCAGGCCUGGUAAAGGGCCUAGGCAUUCUGUCCCUGAAGCAGCAGGAGAUGAUGACCACACUGACCGAUGCCAUCCAGGACAAAAAGAACUUCCGCCGGAGAGAGGGGGCCCUCUUUGCCUUUGAGAUGCUCUGCACCAUGCUGGGGAAGCUCUUUGAGCCAUAUGUGGUUCAUGUGUUGCCACACUUACUGCUCUGCUUUGGAGAUGGCAACCAGUAUGUGCGUGAGGCUGCAGAUGACUGUGCCAAAGCUGUGAUGAGUAACCUGAGUGCUCAUGGGGUGAAGCUGGUUCUCCCCUCCUUAUUGGCUGCCCUUGAGGAGGAGUCCUGGAGGACCAAAGCUGGGUCUGUUGAAUUGCUUGGGGCAAUGGCCUACUGUGCCCCAAAGCAGCUGUCUUCUUGUCUGCCCAAUAUUGUGCCCAAGCUCACUGAGGUCCUGACUGAUUCCCACGUGAAAGUUCAGAAGGCUGGACAGCAGGCGCUAAGGCAGAUCGGCUCCGUCAUCCGGAAUCCAGAGAUUCUGGCUAUUGCUCCAGUCCUUUUGGAUGCCUUGACAGACCCCUCUAGGAAGACUCAGCAGUGCCUGCAGACCCUGUUAGAUACCAAAUUUGUCCAUUUCAUCGAUGCCCCUUCAUUGGCUCUCAUCAUGCCCAUUGUCCAAAGGGCCUUUCAGGACCGAUCCACUGACACCCGGAAGAUGGCUGCCCAGAUCAUUGGCAACAUGUACUCUCUGACAGACCAGAAGGACUUGGCUCCUUACCUGCCUAGUGUGACUCCUGGGCUGAAGGCCUCUCUCUUGGACCCUGUGCCCGAGGUUCGGACAGUGUCUGCGAAGGCCUUGGGAGCCAUGGUGAAAGGCAUGGGUGAGUCGUGCUUUGAGGACUUGUUACCCUGGCUGAUGGAGACCCUGACGUACGAGCAGAGCUCAGUGGACCGCUCCGGUGCCGCACAAGGCUUGGCAGAGGUCAUGGCUGGUCUGGGAGUGGAGAAGCUGGAGAAGCUGAUGCCAGAGAUUGUGGCUACUGCCAGCAAAGUGGACAUUGCACCCCAUGUCCGUGACGGCUACAUCAUGAUGUUCAACUACCUGCCGAUCACUUUUGGAGACAAGUUCACCCCUUAUGUGGGGCCCAUCAUUCCAUGCAUCCUCAAGGCUCUUGCUGAUGAGAAUGAGUUUGUGCGGGACACUGCCCUACGUGCAGGACAGAGGAUCAUCUCGAUGUAUGCGGAGACCGCCAUUGCGCUGCUGCUGCCUCAGCUGGAGCAAGGCCUCUUUGAUGACCUCUGGAGGAUAAGGUUCAGCUCUGUGCAGCUCCUUGGAGACCUUCUGUUCCAUAUCUCAGGGGUCACUGGUAAAAUGACCACAGAAACAGCCUCUGAAGAUGACAACUUUGGCACUGCCCAAUCCAACAAGGCAAUCAUCAGUGCCCUGGGAGUAGAGCGGCGGAACCGCGUGUUGGCUGGGCUGUACAUGGGACGCUCUGACACUCAGCUGGUCGUGCGACAGGCGUCUUUGCAUGUCUGGAAGAUUGUGGUCUCCAACACCCCCCGCACCCUUCGGGAGAUCCUGCCCACUCUCUUUGGCCUUUUGCUGGGCUUCCUGGCUAGCACUUGUGCAGAUAAGCGAACAAUUGCUGCACGGACAUUGGGAGAUCUUGUCCGGAAGCUGGGGGAGAAAAUCCUGCCGGAGAUCAUCCCUAUCCUUGAGGAAGGCCUGAGGUCUGAGAAGAGCGAUGAGAGGCAGGGCGUGUGUGUGGGGCUCAGUGAGAUCAUGAAGUCCACCAGCAGGGAUGCGGUGCUGUUCUUCUCGGAGUCCCUGGUGCCCACAGCCAGGAAGGCCCUAUGUGACCCCCUGGAAGAGGUCCGGGAGGCGGCUGCUAAGACCUUUGAGCAGCUCCACUCCACCAUUGGCCACCAGGCCCUUGAGGACAUCUUGCCCUUCUUGCUGAAGCAACUGGAUGAUGAAGAGGUGUCUGAAUUUGCCUUGGAUGGUCUGAAGCAAGUCAUGGCUGUCAAAAGUCGUGUGGUGCUGCCCUACUUGGUGCCCAAACUGACAUCUCCGCCUAUCAACACUCGGGUGUUGGCCUUCCUUUCCUCUGUGGCAGGUGACGCUCUGACCCGUCACCUUGGGGUGAUCCUGCCGGCUGUCAUGUCAGCCCUGAAAGAGAAGCUGGGCACCAGUGAGGAGGCGCAGGAGAUGGCAAACUGUCAGGCGGUCAUCUUGUCAGUGGAUGAUGACGCCGGCCACAGGAUCAUCAUCGAGGACCUGCUGGAAGCCACCCGCAGCCCUGAGGUGGGCAUGAGGCAGGCAGCUGCCAUCAUUCUCAACAUCUACUGCUCCAAGUCGAAGGCAGAUUACACGUGUCACCUGCGCAGUCUCGUCUCAGGCCUGAUUCACCUCUUCAAUGACUCCAACACUGUGGUCCUGGAUGAGAGCUGGGAUGCCUUGAAUGCCAUCACAAAGAAAUUGGAUGCUGGGAACCAGCUGGCACUCAUCGAGGACCUGCACAGAGACAUCCGGAUAGUGGGCAGUGAGGCCGAGGGCGAGCAUGUGCCAGGAUUCUGCAUUCCCAAGAAGGGAGUGACCUCAAUACUCCCUGUGCUACGGGAGGGAGUCCUGACUGGCAACCCAGAACAGAAAGAGGAGGCGGCCAGAGCCUUGGGCUUGGUGAUCAGAUUGACCUCUUCUGACGCCCUGAAGCCCUCUGUGGUCAGCAUCACCGGCCCUCUGAUUCGCAUCCUGGGAGACCGCUUCAGCUGGAACGUGAAGGUUGCCCUGCUGGAGACCCUGAGCCUCCUCCUGGCCAAGGUUGGGAUCGCCCUGAAGCCCUUCCUACCUCAGCUGCAGACCACCUUCACCAAAGCACUCCAAGACUCUAACCGAGCUGUGCGCCUGAAAGCUGCCGAUGCCUUGGGCAAGCUCAUUGCCAUCCACAUCAAGGUGGACCCCCUCUUCACAGAGCUUUUGAAUGGAAUCCGAUCCACUGAGGACUCUGGCAUCAGGGACACCAUGCUGCAAGCCCUGAGGUUUGUGACCCAAGGAGCCGGGACCAAAGUGGAUACAGCCAUUCGGAAGAACAUCACCACCGUACUGCUUGGCAUGCUGGGACAUGACGAGGAUGCCACGAGGAUGGCCUCUGCUGGCUGUCUGGGGCAGCUGUGCGCCUUUCUAACAGAGGAAGAGCUGAAUGCUGUGCUCCAGCAGCACCUGCUGGCGGACGUGUCUGGGAUCGACUGGAUGGUGCGGCACGGGAGAAGCCUGGCGCUUUCUGUGGCUCUGAAUGUGACUCCAGGCCGACUGUGUGCGGCCAAAUACAGCCCUGAUGUCCAGGAGAUGAUUCUGAGCAAUGCCACAGCAGACAGGAUUCCCAUUGCAGUGAGUGGCAUCCGGGGUAUGGGCUUUCUGAUGAAGUAUCACAUUGAAUCAGAAGGGGGGAACCUGCCCGGCAAACUCACCAGCCUCUUCAUUAAGUGUUUGCAAAAUCCAUCCAGUGACAUCAAGCUGGUGGCUGAGAAGAUGAUCUGGUGGGCCAAUAAAGACCACCUACCCUCGCUGGAUCCUCAGAUCAUCAAACCUAUUCUAAAGGCCCUUUUAGAUAACACUAAGGACAAGAACACCAGCGUGAGGGCCUACAGUGACCAGGCCAUUGUCAACCUGCUCAAGAUGAGAGAGGGCGACGAGGUGCUGCAGUCUGUCUCCAAGAUCCUGGACGUGGCCAGUUUGGAGCUUCUGAAUGAGAGUUGCCGAAGGUCCCUGAAGAAACUGGCCAGCCAGGCCGACUCUGUGGAACAGAUUGAUGACACCAUUCUGACGUGACCCUCAGGGCCCACUGAACUGAGUGUGGCCCCAGCCUUUUGACUCCACACCAAUUCUGUGUUUUCAUUUUUGAAAAUGUUCAUUCUGACUGGGGCAUAGGAGACAGGGUUCCCAGAGAAUAUUUUACUAUCUAAACAGACCACAGCCAAAGCCUUAAUCAGACCCACAUGCAACCGAGAACAGCCUCCCCUUCUCGCCCCCUCCUCUAGGACAGGCAGGCAGCGCACACAUGCAAGCCUCCCCACCAGCCCUUUGCCCACAGAGCCUGCUUGGGCAGCUGCAGAGCUGAACCAUCAUUGGUAGCAGCCCUUUGCACAGCCCUGCACACCAGGCCUGGGGAGGUGGGUGUGCUUGGGGCAUUGGGUUUGGCUUUUUACUGUUGUGCUGCUUGUGACUGGCUCAGUACAGCAAGCUCCUAUCAGACUAAAAUGGUAUUUAAAUAGCCUUAGCAAUUAACAAGUGUGAGUUGGGGGGAGGGGGGUUAAAUGCAGGCUGUUUAAAGGACAAAUGUUUAAUAAAGGCUUUGAUUUAAUCUUGA